UGCCUUGAGCGAAGCCAAGAAGCAGCUGCAGGACGAGAUGCUGCGCCGCGUCGACGCCGAGAACCGGCUGCAGACGCUGAAGGAAGAGCUCGAGUUCCAGAAAAACAUUUACAGCGAGGAGCUGCGGGAAACCAAACGCCGCCACGAGACUCGGCUGGGGGGGGACGACCCACGGCGGCUGGAGAAUGCCAAGCAGUCAGCCGAGAGGAACAGCAACAUGGUGGGUGCUGCCCACGAGGAGCUGCAGCAAACCCGCAUCCGCAUCGACAACCUCUCCUCUGAAGUCAGCCAGCUGCAGAAGCAGUUGGCCGCCAAGGAGGCGAAGCUGCACGAUUUGGAGGAUAUGUUGGCCCGGGAGCGCGAGACCAACCGGCGCCUGCUCUCCGACAAGGAGCGGGAGAUGGCCGAGAUGCGGGCGCGCAUGCAGCAGCAGCUGGACGAGUACCAGGAGCUGCUGGACAUCAAGCUGGCUCUGGACAUGGAGAUCAACGCCUACCGCAAGCUGCUGGAGGGCGAGGAGGAG